CGACGUCGUCGAAACCGAGUCGAGCCGACGACCGACGCUCGCACUCGUACCGGCUCGUGUAGCGUCGGUCCGCGUCGCGACGCAAACGUCGUCCACCUAACCUCACUUCCACGUUUAGUGCUCGUACGCUGCCUCCAGGCUCAAAGCAAUCGAACGUGUACCGCGAGUUCGAUUGUUGCACGUUUUUCGACGAAUCGACUCUGGCUCGUAUUUCGUCGUCGAUUUUCUCCAACUUCCGACGUAUCCCGACUCGACCAGUGGAUCGCGCGCGACUGGGCUUCCAAACACAGAUCGAAUACUCGACGAGUGAAAGAAGAGCCCAAGCUAAAGAAAAGGGAUGUAUAGGAUAACGGAACUGGAAAUCCACCCUUCUUUAACUAUCACGAUAGUGUCGGAAUGAAAUAAACAAGCAGCAAUGCCGGCGUCUCCUUACGUGUCACGGGUCAACCAGAUCGACGCCGUGCAACUAGACGAGGAGAUCUACAAGGUUCUCAGAGAUCAAGCGAAGAAAAUCACCGAGUAUCAACUGGUGGACAGGGCCGAUCGAUGGCAGCCGGAGAUCGACGCGAUCGUUAAGUUUUUCGUUUGGUAUUUCUCGCUGCGUCACGGAAAAUCGACCUUCGGCCAACAACUACUCAAUUUGCAUUACGAGCAUAUCAACCGUACAAAGUCCAUUCUGUAUUUGGUUUUGACCGUCGGCCCGACUUACGUGCGCGAUAAACUCGUGGGCGGUGUCGCUAAUCAAAGAUUGAACGAGCUUUUCGAUCGCAUCGCGAAUUUGUCGAAACUGCUCGAGUUUAUCAAUCUGUUGAUCUUCCUACAUCGCGGAACGCAGCCUCGUAUCAUUGAAUAUUUGCUCGGGAUAGCGAGUCGUUCUACGACUACUCACAAACCUAGAAAUAUCGGGUACUCGUACAUGACCAGAGAACUCCUCUGGCACGGUUUGAUGGAGUUAUUCACCACUGGAUUACCCAUGAUCAAUUUUCACUAUUUGAAACAUGCGAUAAAAAGACUUCUGUCGCGUGGCAAUCGAGACAGGCUGCUGAGAUCGUUUCCCAGCAUGGAUGCGAGCACAAAAUGUUCGUACUGCAACGAUAAUCCGAUUAUGCCAGCGCACGCAGGUUGCGAACAUGUCUACUGUUAUUAUUGCUUAAAGGCUCACUUCACGGCGACGAAUCAAAUUCAAUGUUACGACUGCGGCGCGGAACUUUGCGUCGAAGAUAUGAAAAUGUUCGAAACGUCGCCUGCGUCGCUGAAUCCUCGCGAUGAGACAAUAUGAAACGCUCUAAGAUCGCGGUGCAGAACCUCUCGGAGAUCAAAGGAGGCUUGAGGCUAUUUACAUUUCGGAAGGUUCUCCCGUAUGUUAAAAGAAAAAUUAUUUUUUGUGGAACAGAGUGCGGAUUUUAUGGAUUCAUGGUGUAUUAUUGUAUGAAAAUCGUAUACGAAACAUGUGUAAAGUAUAUUUCAUAAAAUAUUCUAUAUACCUUGUGCACAUGGUUUUUAUGUUUGCGUAUGAUGGAAAUGCAUAAAGUCUGCAGUGUAGUAAUAUUCUUGAUGAUUUUAAAAUUUGAUAGUAUAUUUUGUCACAAGACUAGCAAAUCUGGAAAGAAGUUCAAUAAUACUUGUAACACCAAAAAGAAUAAUUAGUAUUAGUAAACGAUGGACUUACUAUAUAAACGCAACAAUUUUAUAAUUAUCCGUUUCGUAUAAAUUCGAGGUACGGUAAAUGGAAAGACAGGGCCAAAUGGACAUUGUAAAUACGUUAUGUAUAGUUGUAUAUAUAUUUUUUUAUUACAAAAUAGCAAUACAAAAUUUUCUUUAUCCGCUUCGAUACAAUAUUUCUAUUUCCUCGACGUUUCCUUCGAAACAAACGGUAAUUAGAUCGGGGGUAUGAUAACAUUCGUUGCUUUUCGGAAUUGGAUUACCGUAUAAAAAUAUCAUGCUGCGUUAUCGUAAAACGAUCCUCCAUUUUCGUACAUCCAACGCGAUACGCAACGAUACACGUUGCACGUUAAUUUAUUCGUUGAAUUGCCGCUGUGUUGCUCGAUGGGCGGGCACGUCUUUCGAUUAAUCUAGCAAGAGUUAUCGUUGAUACGGAAAACACAUCGGAAAAUACGUUUAAUUAAACUCGUUUCAUCCGCUUUCAUGCUUAACCUUUGACUCGUUCGAAUUCUAUUCGUUGUUGGAAUGUUUCUUUCUUUUUCCUCUCUCAUCUAUUAAUACGUAAACGCGUCGUUGGACGAAUACUUCGGUUGUUUGCGUUUCGAACGGGCUUUACGAAAAAAAAAAAAAAGAAAA